AUGACCACUUAUAUCAUCAACGACCGGGAGUUUGACAAACUCCAGAACAAGGUGAUUCUCGUCACUGGUGGUGCUGCCGGCAUUGGCCGAGCCAUUGUGACUCUCGCUCAUGAGAAUGGCGCCAAAGUAGCGUUCUGCGACGUCGACGAGGCUCGAGGCAAACAAGUGGAGCAGGAGCUUGACGCGUAA